UCUGCGUCACUGCACCCAGAAACAGAAUCAGGAACAGGAUACAGAGAGUGGUAGUUCCAUAAUUGGCGAGUUAGGGUUCGGAAUUUGACUCACUGAGUCACCGCAUUGUCGCCGGAGUUUUUGUUUUUUUAUUCUUUCUUUCUUUCUUUUUCUUUUUUUGGCUCCGAUCAUCAAUUCAUCAUCAUUACUCUUGCGGUUCUUUUUUUUUCCGGCGAGGAAUUUGGGAUGUUCCGGUGAGGCGGUGACACUUGGGUCAUACUUGAGUGAGGGUGAAUUCCCGAUUUUGACCCCAAAGCGAAGGCAGGAACCACUGACUGUCCACACUCUCAAAAAUUUUCACUUGUUUCUUUCACAAUUCAUUGGAUUCUAAAGAGAGAGAGCUUCUUCAACUCAGUUGUGUGAAGUGUAACCCUUUAUGGCUGUCUCUUUGACACGUUUGUCAUGGUGGUUAUGGGGUGGCAAGAAAGAGAAAGAGCCAGUUUCUAUCAAUGGCUCAUCAUCAUCAUCCACUGAAUGGGGCUUUCCAAUGAAGGAAAGAGAGGCUGUGAUGAAGUUCCCUUUGGUGAAGGGAACAAAGGUAGCUCCAUCAUCUCACAGGAACAAGGUUAAGAGGAAAUGGCAGAGCAGAGAAGAUAGAAGGAUAAGGGAUCAUCAUGAUGAUGACCAUGCUAACGAUAUUGAUGAUGAUGUUGUGUUGGUUCCUUCUGAUGGUGGUGGUGGGUGCUUGUCUGGCUCUGAAUCUGAUGACUCUGAUUGGUCCAUUGGGUGGUUGGAGCCUCAUGGAUCCAGUUUUCAGAGCUUCGAUGAUGAAUCUGAUAAUAGUUUUGCUGUGCUUGUUCCUUGCUAUAGACCUGGAUGCAAGGAGGUUGAGGGUUCCAAUAAUGAGCUUUUGAGUGUCAUCAAUGACCUCCCAAAUGAGUUUUCAUCUGCUGGAAUGAACUACAUGGAUCGAUGGCUGGCUUCUAUUCAGAAUUUUAGAGCUUAGAAGAAGACUGAGCCUGUUACUAUGGGAUCUUUCUGACCAAAAAACUAAUAUCUAGAAGUAGGGGGAGGCAAAAUAAUCUCAUGCCACCAAGAUUAGUUAGUUUUGUACAUAGAAUCCAACUCUCCUCUAAUAUCAUCUAUUAUGAGUAGUAAAUAGCUUUAGUAGAUAUGAAUUUGGUCUUGGAUAUUAAUCUCUCUAGGCCAAUCAAGACUCUAUCAAUCACCAAAAGGAAAAAAAAAAUGUGAAUAUGGACUUUUUUGGUUGUUGGAAUCCUUUAUAUUUCUACAGUAGAAGGUAUCUAUUCAUAUAAUAAGAUGUGAUAUUUUGCCCUGCUUAAAAUACCAAAUAACCAUUGAAUUUACAUCCCCAAUAAG